AUGCAGGAUCAUGAACAGACUUCGCAUGCCGCUGCUGAGGCCUUCUUGGCUGGGGCAGACCUUGACGACUUCCUCUUUGUCUUGCUUGACUCUCUGCAUCCCUCAUUCCCAGGCGACACAGCAGCGGUAUCAGCUGCAGGUGUUGCACCUUCCGAACUCACUGAAGAUGCAGGCGCUACUGGUCAAUGCCACACCCAAGCGUCUGCCUCUGAAGGGCCUCCGCUUCUUGCGGUCCUCCGGGAGAGCUGGAGGCCUGCAAAGCUUCUGUAUGACAUACUGGAGCCUCCGGAUGGCGAAGCAGCCACAGCAGUAGCCAAAGCGGAAAGUGAACACCAGCAGCAACAGAAAGGGGAAGUGGAGGACCUCGCGUUGCGCAACCUCGAGGUUGAACUAAGCUGUCCAGUCGCAUGGGGGGUCUCUGCAGAGUUUCUUGCGGAAAAGCCCGUAUACGCCUCGUGUCUUUCUGCGGGUGCCUCUCUUCUUUCAUAUGCCGAAUCGGAGCCUGAGAGAGUUCUUCUAGCCAUCAAGGCCUUUCUAGAGGUCCACCCAGCGGCGAAGGAUCACCAAGUUGCGCUGCUCCUGCUGCUGCGGCUCCUUGUAUUUCGGUGGGCUCUCUAUCAUCAUCUGAAGCUGCACAAACGAGUGGAGUACAGUCUAAAACGUCCCUCUGUGGACGCUGGGGAGACUCCGGGCCUUUUCGAUUACGCAGACGCCGCCAGCAACGCCUCAGAAAAGCCCGUCACAGGUACCGCAACAAGCGACCUCGCGACACCUGUCGCAGGUUGUCUGAGUGCAAUCAUUGCCUUCGCUAUUCAAGAGGCUUCUGCGCUUGCGGACGGAGAUGAGCGGAAGGAGCUCCUGGUAGAGGUAUUACAAAUAUUGGCUUGCUGCGUGCCGCAUAUUGUUAUCUCCAAGCUUCUGAAGGCGGUCAAAAAGGCAGUUUUGCCAUCUUCUGGUGGUCCGAACAUGACCGCGCAUGACACUACAACUGCCGGUGCUGUCUGCAACUCCUCGCUGAUCUUGCUGGAGAAGAUUUUAUUUUCGUCAGGCUGGCCUGCCAUUUCCGUUUCGCUCACAAAGCAAGUGUUUGUAGUAUUGCUGCAGGCAGUGUUGCUGCCGCUGCAGCCGGAGGAACCUGCCUUAGCACUGCAGCAGCAACAGAAAAGCCUUUCUCUCCCCAUCCGAUGGAGCAUCUCUCUCCGGGCAGCGGAAGCUCUCAGCGCCUUUGCUUCGGUUGCAGCAAUUGGGAACUGCCGCUCACUGCUGAUGACCCUUGAGCCGCAGCGGCAAGACACAAAAAGCGACAACGAGCCAAAGGCUGUGGAGUUGCAAAGCGCUCAGGAGGAUGGUCUUGCAGCAGCAGCAACUGCUGCAGCGGAGGCAGCUCGAAGAGAGGGCACAAGGCCACCCGGUGGAGAAGGGGGCUGCGGUAUUGAAUACCUUCCUUUGAUGGCAGCAGCAGCGGAAAGACUUGCAUACAUCUUACUGCCGCGCAUGCUGCUCGCUAGGGCUCCCUCCGGCGUCGUUACUGCGCUUCUACGGGCGGCUACUAUGCUGCUCCUGCUGCCUAUACACCUCAGCACUCCUCUAAUGCUCAGGAGCCGGGAGGAUGAGCAAUCAGGAAUGGUGCGGCAUGACCCGGUGCUGCUCCUGCUGCAGUUGCUCCUCCUGCAUAUUAGCAGUGAGAUCUCUGGCAUUCCUGCCGCUGAUCUUUUGCAGGACGACCCGCAUAGGAGCUAUACUGCAGCACCAGCAAGCGUUCAGGACCAACACACGGCCCUAAAGAAGCAGCAGCAGCAACUGCUAGAGCAGGGGGGGCUGGAAACAGCGGCUGCCGCUGCCGCGGCUGCCGCAGGUUCCCCAGCGACAGACGAGGGAGAUGUGCAUCAGGGCGCUGCAGCGUACAGGCAGCGUCUGCUACUGCAUGAGAAGACCGUCGCCACACAACAAUUGGAGGAAACUGUGUAUAGGGGCGAUAACCACACCGGCAGUGUCAACAAUAGCGAUACUGGUUUUGGAGAUGGCGUCAAGCUGGAAGGACCCCGAGCAGCUGCCUUCUUUACGCAUGUUGCCACCUCUCUCUCGCAUCUUGCUGAAGUGCUCUCUGAGGGAGAGUAUCACUGGAGAAUAGCGCAGCGUGCGGCCGAGAUGCAAACCGUCCUGCUCUUACUGCUGCUGCACACGAGCAGACGCUGCCUGACACCCAGAGAUCCUCUUCGAGACAGUCUCGCAGACGAAACUCUUAAGACGCUCGUACUCCCGAUCGUGGCUGCCGCAGUAUCCUCCCUCAGCGCCGUGCAGAUGCAGCACGACGCGAAGACAUCGGAGCUUCCUGCAGCAGCAAACGGGCGGAAUGCUCUGAUGCAGCCAUGCCAUCCGGCGCUGGCACGGCUUACCGCCGUGUCGGCCAUUGCUGCUCCGCCUCCUGCUGCUGCAGCCGUUGCUGCUGCCUGCUGGAGUGGCGCUAAGGCCCCUCCGUACCUGCAAGAAGUAGGUUGGGUGGUUCACGCAGUAAACAAGGCGGCAUCAACAGGGGACCCCAUGCACGGGCUGCAUGCAAGCGUGUGUUGGUGCUUUCCGUCCUCCAGCCCUGUUGACAGCCUUAUGAAGAGCUCUUCAGGAACUCUCGCCGACAAAUUUUCCAACAUGCAGCUAAUGCUGCGAGCUGCACGGCAGCAGGCACAGCCGCUAACAGAUGCAGACACUGUGCGCUUUGUGACGGAUGGCAUUGCUCGCCUCCUAGGUUCCCCGGUUCGCUGCAGGGGAGGCCUGGCUAUGGCUGCCCUUCAUGCUACCACAGAUGCCUUGGCUGCUGCAGGCUCAGCCUUGCACAGAUUGAGGGUGCAGAGGAUCGAGCCACAACAGCAGCAGCAGCUGAUGGCUAUUCAGUGUGCUGCGCUUGUUUUCAUCGGUCGCACUGCUGAGACACAGCGGAUCGACUGCCCGCCGCCCCAGCUCGCGCUGUCUCCUUGGCAGCUCCCCAGUAGGCCUUGCCACUGCGUUCCUCAAGGGGAACCCGUUGUGUCUCUGCGGCUGCCUCAAUCCGGAGAGGUGCAGCAGCAGCGAGAGUCUGUGGAUAGUCAGCUAGAGGACGCGCAGUAUCAGGUUGCGGAGAGAAGGCGCAUGCGAUGCGAGACAGCCGCGCGGCUUGUGACGUCCAUCUUUACUCUGGCCAACAGGAGAUGCCUGUCUCCUGCACAAGCCGCGGCUCUCCUCUCGGUUUGCCGAUCCCUUGCAGAAUCCCGUCUGCUGCAGGCUGCAGCUUUGUUCCUGGCUGUGGAGGCUGAAGAGCAGCAGCCCGCGCCGAGACCGUCUGAGUCUGCCUCAACUUCUCAGCAGCAGCAGCAGGAAACAAACGGUUCCAGCAGUGCCCUUAGCACCGACACCGAGGUACAGGCGCACAUAGAUUUUAAAUUGCCCUUACUGCGUCCGGCGGAAGCGGCAUUAGGCUGGAGCACCGUGCGGCUUAUAGAGCCCAACGAUAGCAGCAGCACAUCCGACGAGGAGCUAUUCCCCACUAGACGCCUUCCUUCACUUAGACGGAGGAGGCAGAUGAUCAAGCGGGAUGCGCCCUCAGUUCCGCCGACGAGCAAUCCUUUAGGCCUUAAUGCUUCUGAAGUUGACUCUACAAGUUUCAGCACUGGAGGCACAGGAAGCGGGACGGCAGCUGAAGAAAAACAACGAGCAGCUACGCUGCAACAGAUGCCGAGGGCAACAACAGCAGCGGCUACGGGGGGUGCUGCCUGGACAGAGCAUCCUCCUGUCGCAGUGUGUGGCAUUUUCAUGUUUGUUCUACGGCUCUUGUGUAUUGCACCCGCUGAUGGAGAAGGCGACGCUGCAGCUGACUUCACACACUGGACUAUGCGAGAAACACUGCAGCUGGAGGUCAAGCCAACUGAACUCCCGCGGGCAGCAUCACCAGCUGCCAUUCUGAGGGAUGCCGCCACGCAUGUGCUCUUUGACGCUUUUGCCUGCAAAACCCCGGUCCCGCAGUCGCAAGCAGGAGCUCUGUGUCAGCUGCUGCUGCACGCUGCAGAUAUACACUCGGAGGGGGGGGCCCUCGCAAUUGCUGCCCUAAACGCCAUUUCUAAGCUGAUUCGUAGCGUGCUACCCUCUAAUAUGAUGCAGCAGCAGCAGGACGCCUUUGUUUCGGAGGGCUCCAUGCUGAAUGUGCCUUUGGCUUCAUCGGCGUCGCAGCAGCAGCAACACCCGCACCAGGACGAGCAACAGCCAAACGACCAGCAGAAGUCACGACUCUCGAAGAUGGAGACCUCUCUGGAGCCCAGCUAUGCAGACAAAGCUGAGCUUUUUGUGAGCUUCCUUGUAAAAAGCCUGAAAGAGCAUGCGGACGGCGCUUUUACCCUGUUCAGUGAAGGCUGGGUGGGGGCCCUGUGCGAGCUGCUCCUGCUGCUGCACCGAGGUUUGCUGUCCGUCUAUGGCGGCAGCGAAACGCAGCAGCUCUUUGUUUCAUGUUGCCUACUGCGCAGCUUUGCUGCCGCAGCAGCAGCAGUGCAAAAGGAGGCUGAAAUAACGGGGAAUGGAGAUCUGCAGGUCCACAGCAGAGCAUCCACCUCCCUAAGUCUGGUAAUGCAGGAUGCUUCCAGGAUAUCGACUGCGGCAACUGCGCCAGCAGCAGCACGCUCAGCGUUGCAACAGCAGCAGCAGCAGCGUGCCCUUGCAGCGCUGCAGUUCUUGGGGGUUCUCGCCCGCUCCUUUCCUUCCCUGUCUGUGCAGAAGAAUUUAGUGCGUGUGCUUUUGGGCUGUGGUAGCGCAGCCGCAGAGGCUCAGGUGGACGGCCUCUCGGAAGAGGCAGAGGGGCCCCCCGCGCUGUGGCUUCUCCUUUCGAGUACGUCGGAGGCAUCAGUUCGUGGCGUUCGGGCAGGUCCAGGCAUCAUCGAGAGUCUCCUGAUGCUGUCGAAGGCACCAGGGGAGCGUGAGAGGCUGGCGGAUCUGCCGGGAGGGAGCAGCAGCUCCUCUGUUGAGGGGGACUGGCCAGAAGGCGUGGAGGCUGUCUCUGGAAGCGCGCAGUUGCCUGCAGCGGCUGCCGCUGUGGUAACGGGUGUCUCCUCGUGGGGAUCUUUCGCGGGCAUGGAGGCGCCGAAAGGGCGGAGAAGAAAGCGGUUUGCUGCCUCAGCGGAAGCAGCAGCAGCAAAUGCAGCAUCAGCGCGUUACUGCCAAGCGGAGCGACUACGGCGAGUUGUCAGCUGGCUGGGCAGCAGCAGCGGAGCUUUCUGGCUUCAGGAUUCGAUUCAGCCUCUGACGAUGUUCGCGGCGGAUGGGAGAGCCUCGCUUAGACCCUUGCCGAAAGAGGGCGCAAGUGUUUUUCUCUUACAGGAGCAGAGGGCCACUGCACGGGCUGUUGCUCUUGCUGCUGGCAGCAGCACCAGCAACUUCGCAUCGGCUUUGAGUCUGCUGCAGUCGCUUGGAACGCCACCCAUGCAACGCAGACCUUUCAGCGGAUUUCCUUUCUUUGGCAGCAGCGGCAGCAAACAGCAGGCAGAAGGGGGGCGGGUGCUGUUGCUACUGUGUCGCACUGCUCUGGCUGCCUCACCUCCCCCGGAGCUCUUUGAUUUUUCACUCCCUUGUCUCUUGUCUGCUACUGCCGCAGCGGCAGCAGCGGCAGAUGCUCUUUCCAGCAACAGUGAAGUCACAGCUUUGCUCGCAGCGGCAGCCGCUGCUGCGCCUGCUACUGGCAGCGCCAGGCCGCUAGGAACGUGGCUCUUCGGAGGAAGUUCAGGUAGCCUUGCUGCCUCCUACGGAGGGCUCAUGCAACAAGCAAAAGAUUCGAUGCUGGGAGUCUUUUAUAAUGAGGCAGAUGCCGUCCAGUUGAUAGAAAAGACAGAGGCCUUUCUGGCAGCAGCAGAGGCAACGACCUCUGCUGCUGCAACUCACCAAAAACCAUGCGCCUUCUUCCUCUUUGUUUCCUUGAUGCUCUCUCUAGUUCUUGCGCUUCAAAAGGAGACGGAUCGAGCUCUCGCUCUCACCCUAGCCGCAGCUCUUCACUCCAUGGGUAAGCGGUGCAAGAUGGCGGCACUAGACCUCAUGCGGGCAGCAUCCGUGUAUGAUUCGCCUGCUUUAUUGAUGCUCAGCACGCAGUGGGUAGAGGCACAUUGCGGAAUAUCUCUCAGGUGCAGCAGCAGGGUCGUGGAGGCAGCGGAGGAAACUGUUGCAAGUGCUGGAGCCGCUGCUCAGAGUAGCGGCUCCAAGAGCUUGAGUUCGGAGUAUCCGCAUCGCGGUGGUACACGGUGGGGUGUCGAGGGGCAAGCCGAGCUGCUGCAGGGACCCCCAUUACUGCCACGUAUUUUUAGAGAGAAUCUAGACGGCACCAGCAGCAGUCGCAAAGAUGGGGGAGACGUGGAUGCGAGCACCAGCCAAGAGGAGCUUCUGCAAGCAGCUGCAGUCAUAGGCAGCGCAAUAGGACGGGGUGUCGAGCUAGCGAUCUGUGCUCUGCUGCCAUACUGCCUGCACUGCCGAAGCCUUACAGCGAUGCCUGUCAGCUCUCUUAAGGCCACGUCGGCACAACUCAAGGAGGCAGCAAGUGCUUGGGAGACAGGGGCAUCGCUAAUACUACCGGGUCCUCUGUCUGCCGUGGAAGCCGCUUUGGGCCUUACCAACGGCAGUCGUGCUGCAGUUAUAGGCAGUCUUCCAACUGGGGAGUCUAAGCUGCGACCCCUCUCAGUUGCUGCAUUCAACUGCAUUGCAGAGAUGCUGCCGGUACGGCUGCAGACGUCGGACCGACACAGGGAACAACACGACCUGCUGCUCCAACUGGAGAGGGUUUCUGGCGAAGAGCUACAAAUCCAUAAAGGCUUGUGCUGCAUGGUAUUGGUGGCCAGUCUUCAUGUCCUUCGAAACCAGGUCCCCGCAGCUACAACAGCAUACGCGCGAACGGUCUAUGUAAGAGCUAUCUCUGCAGCACAAACUUUGGCACGAGCACCUACAAGGAGACAUUUCUACUCUCUGCCUUCGGGAUUUUCGGGGAACCUAGAGGCCUCCAGCGAGUCUCAGGAACGCAAAGCGUCUGAUGCUUCUGGCAGCUUCCUCGGGGAACGCACAAAGCAGCUGCCGCAUCACCGAGGAGAGGGUCAGCAGCAGCAGACUUCUGGAGUGAGCGCCGCAGCGCUUGCAGCGGGAGACAGCCAGGAGCCUUUGGAGUCUCUCCGGAGUCUGAGGGUGUCGUCCUUCCCCGGCUCCUCCUCAGCGGGAACGGGAGCCAGAACAGACGUGCAGCAGCUGCUUGUCGAUACAAAAAAUGCGGUGCAAGACGGACUAGUGCUGGAGCUCUGCCUCGAUACACUUAGUGCCGCCGAUAAAGAGUUUGAAGCCCUAGCAACAUCGGCCACAGAAGCUUUGCUCGCACUCUCGCGACAUUCCAGUUCUUGGCAGACGACUGCCCUCUUGCUUCAGGCGCUUUUGUUUAAACUGUGCAACAGCAGUAUUCCCUUUGUCCGGUGGCGAGGCCUUAGAGCAGUGCAGCUUAUUGUCUCUGCUGCACUGCCUCUCCUUGACGAGCCUUCCGAAGGAGAUGACAGCAGCAGGGUGCGUAGCACCAGCAGCAGCAGUUCCAGCAGUGGAGAGGACCUACAGCUUUGGCUGCAGUUGCUACUUCUGUUGUUUCCUAAGGGAGGCGACAGCUGCCUCCAGCUCUCCGUCCUCGCCAUGCAGUCUUUUGAUUUGUUGGUUGCGAAGGCUGCACGGGGCACAGCGGCAGCUCGUGUUGUAGCAGAUGCGACAACAGACGUCUCUGCACCGGCGGCAUCCGCUAAUACAAUUUCCCAGGGAGGGAGCCUCCUGCUGGAGCAACAUGAACCGCUAUUUGAGAAGCCAAGCAUUCUCACGGACGCUAAGGGCACUUCGUCGAACUCUCAGCGGAGGCUACAAUCACAAGACUUCGGUCGCGUUGCCGAAGUGCGAAGGCUGUUGUACCCCGGAGGCAUGCAGGAUAAGUUGGUGAAGAGGCAGCAGCAGCUGCUCCAACGGCGGCAGGAGCUGCUGCUGCUGCUUUUGAGGCCCCACAUAGAAAUGAACCAGGUUGCUGCAAAGCGAGCGAUUUCUAUGCUCCUGAUGCAGUUAGCGGAAUCAGAGGGACCGGCUGCACUUGUCAGCAUGCGGUGUCUAACAGAGCUGCUCUGUCCGCUUCCUCAUGCGGUUGCUGCGAAUACGCAUUUGCAUCAACAGGCACAAACGCAGGGGGAUGAUAAACAGGAUCCUCCGCUGCAGCACUCGCAGGCAUCUCUGGAGUUAGAGCGAAGCAGCAGCAGCAGCAAUAUUCUGCACCGUCCCGCAAUUAUUCGCAGGGUGUCGCGGGCUUUUUUCGCUGUCUUCCCUAUACGAAGGACUCGUAUGGGCACUCGCCGUGCCUGCUUGCAGCGGCUGCGCCAUCGGCUUGCCUCUGUUGCUACUGCCUCGGGUCCAAUUGACUCCGACGACGCCAUUGCUGCUGCUGCAGCAGCUGCUGUUGCAGCGCCUGUUUUGGGCAUGCCAGGUGCGAGAUGGGCUUCAAGGGAGACAAAGCAAGGCUCUAUGCAAGACAACGAAAAAGAGACAGACGGCAGCUCCCAAGCGGAUGCUGGCAGCGACUUCUGUGUGGCUGCCUUAGAGUAUGAAGCGCAAACCUUUUGGACACAGCGGCUGCAACAGGAGGAGGCUCAGCUAGAGGAGAGCGCUGCGGAAUAUCUGUUUCGUCUCGCACUGCUUGACUUUGACGCGGUUCUUAGCCCGCUGACCGCGUACACUCAGCCUUCAAGCGCAGAUCUUUCCAAGAUGUCUUCUGCGUCUGCGGGGCCUGCGGCUAGCAGCCUCAUUUCGCCAGCUCCUUCGCCAGUGUCUACUGGUUUUCGAGAGGGAGAGGAGAGCUUUGUAUCCGCGGGAGGCAUGGCAGUGCAGAGGGACGCUACCGCCGUGUGGAACCUCAAGGGCCUCACUGCGAGUCUCCUGAGCCUUGAGCAGUUUGAAGACAUGGCGGCAGUCAUCCAGUGGCGGGGGAGCUGCUGUUUCUAUAGCACGAACUGCAUCCACCGCUUGUUUGCCUCGUGCAUUUCGCGAGAUAAGUCUCUCGCGGCCAAACUGAUCUCACACGUUACGGGUGUCUGCAACAAGCUGGCAGCAACUGCCCCCGCGGCUGGCGAGACAGGAGCCCUCGCUGCUGAGGACCAGCGCGCUCUUGUUGCCGCUGCUGCUCAGGCCCAACACCAAGCGACACUGCUGCUGCUGCUGCUGCUCCAACACGAGCAACAGCACCAACACAAACAUCAGAAGCCGUCCUCCUUGGGCAGGAUGCUGCAGAGACACACAGCACCUCUACUCGGAACAGCUUUGUUGCGGCUCGGUAUGGCUCAUGCGGCAACGAGCCUUAGCGGGUCGCAACAGCAACAGCGGCUGUCUCCACAUGCUGAAAGUGCGAGACUCCAGAUCCUUGGCUCCAACGAUGAGCUGAUUAGCUGGGAUUCACUGAAAGCGCAGGUGGAAGGCUCUGCUGCAAGCUCCUCCAAGGAAAACAUCAGUCCUAGGAAGGCCACCCAGCUUAUCUCCUCUCCUGUCGCUGCAGCAGCAGAGCUCCUCGUUGCCUUAGCUGAUGUAACUGGACUGCGGCAGGCUCUGAAAGCCCUAGACGGUUGCAAUUUUCUUGCGAGAGCCACAAAUCCUUCCGAUUGUAUCGGUGCCAUACAUGACGCAACCCUAAGCUCAGCAAUUGCUGCGAUGCAGGGAGCAGCAGCAGCGCUGCACGUUGUCAAUCUCGUUCCCUCCGCUGGUUUAACUGACGCCCGUGCCACUGGCAAUGAGAGCGUUUCCUCAAAGCAGCAGCAACAACAACAGCCACGCAGCCCGGAGUACACCGCAGACGCGAGAGUGGCAGCAAAUGCGGGUACCUCCAUGCCGCAUCGACAUCCCAAACAGCAUUUCUGUGGCACCUGGACAGCAUUCGUUCCUUCCAAAGCUUUUCCAGACAUCACUACCAACGGUCUACUGGCAGCUGGUGCUCGUGUGCAGUCUGCCAGUGCCUCUAGGUCACCUUGUACUGGGCAGGGGAUGCUGCUGCUGCCGGCGAAGAGCAUGGAGCGGUUGCUCGAGACUGCGACGGAUGCUGCUGUUGACGCUGCAGCUAUGACUUUAGACGACAUCCAGCCUCAUUUGCUACGGCUUGAGGUCCUCGUUUCCACUGGAAAGACAGCCCCCCCCGAUGCUUCAGCUGCCGCAGAGGCUGUGUCUGAGAGUCUGCUCGCUGCGGAUGCGCUGCACUCUUUGCGGUCCGCGUUAGCCUGCCUCCAGAUCCUGACGCACUUGUGGGUUGGCUUGCACCGCACAGCGGCGGAGGGAGGUUUUUCUCCCGCCGCAGCAGCUGCAUGUGCCGAUGCAGCCGCUCAGGAUGCGGAAAAUGCACAAGGCACAGCACUUCCCCAUGCAAGUCAUGCCUUUGGCAAUGAGUCACGUGCGCUGCGUGUCUUGGAAGUUUUUGAGGUGGGCUUCGCAGUAUACCCAACGCUGAGAUGCAGGCCUACUGGGAGGCAGGCGCAUGGCGGGGAAGACGCGUCUCGCGAACGGGAAGGAGCCACAGGAGUCGCAGCGGCGAUUGCUGCAACGGCUGCAUCAGCUGCGUUUGAGGCUACUCUGCAGUGUAUCGAAACACCCCUGCUGCCUCUCCUCUUUCGCGCGCUAAAGCACAGCGCGAUGCUGCUGCAGCAGGCGCACGGCGAAGAGGAACCGGCAGCAGCAGCAACUGACCCCGGAAAGCUUUGUGACACGCACUUUCUGAAGCCGCGUGAAGCCGACGAGUUGGCAUUCGCGGCUCUCUUCCACUGUGGAACCACCAACCCAGCAGUCACACAGGCAGCGGCAGAGUGCCUGCUCACCUUGCUGCCGAUGCUCGGACUCCCAAAGGGGAGAACCUCUCAAAGACAUCUGCAGUGUCUACAAGAGGCAUUAAAAAAAGAACUCGAGGCUCUCGGCCUGAUACGUCCUGUACUCCGGAUCCGCGCGAAUGAGCCGCAACAGCUACCGUGUGCGUGCUGUUGCGUUCUGGAGCAGCAGCCGCAAGAGCAUGCGCAAGGGCAAUAUUCUUCUCUAAAUAGGAAGCCACGGGCAGUCUCUGGGCUGCUUUCUGCCGCGGAGUGCUUCUUUUACAGCGCUGCCCUCUCGGGUACACGUAGCGAAUCAACCGGCACCACACGUAUUCACGGCGGUACAUCUCUUGUGGCACGCAGCAUGCGACUCCAGCGCCUUCUGAAACCGAUCCUUAGGGCUCUACUUCACGCCGACUGGCACGCCAACUUGGAAAGGACCUGCUGCCUGUGCAGCCUCGACGAUCCCGACUUCUUCGCUUCGGAGGUGAAGGCCAGGGGAAGUUGCGAAGGAGCUCAGGCUACCAGUGGCUCCAGCGGAGCGACCAACACGCCACUAGACGAGGGCGAUGGUAGCCGCUCUCUUGGAGGCUGGAACGCCAGCGAGGGCAACUGUGGAAGCCGCACUGAGGAUCCCCCCAACCUCGUGAUGCACGACCUCUGCUAUAGGGCCUGUCGCCGGCUUUGCCUCCGCAUUUGCCACCUGCUCCAGUGCUGUCGGUACUACUUCCCUUCCCGUUGCAGCACUGUUUCCGCGCCUCCUCACCCGGCUAUUGUGCUCCACAAGCAGCAGGCCAGUGCACGACGAAAGCAGCGGCGGGUUGACUGGCUCUUCUUUGGUUCUUUGAUUGGGAAAGACACUCAGAGUGAGGCAAAGGCGAACGACGCUCCCAGGAAGGAAGGCGAGAGCAGUUGGCGGCCUCCAGGCGGAAGGGCUUCGUUCUCCAACCUUCCAGGGAUGAACAGAGAAGUGGCACUCAGAGCUAUAGACGGGGUAGGCCUUAUACGAACCGUUGCCGGCUUUUUUGGGCAUAACGAAGAAGAGGAGCCUGCACCAGAAGGGCAGCCCUCAGCAGAAGAGUCCGAGAACAGCGAUGCGGAGUCAGAAAUGCGGGAGACCGCGGAUGUGCAAAAGUGGCAGCACAUGACCUUUUUUCUCUCCAAUCCUCCAGGGCCAGAGCUUCCUAUGGAGGCGGGUCCUAUCAAUCCGCAUCAGCCUCUACAGCAGCAGCAGCAAAAGAAGCUUCAACUCUUCUCCGAAUCUGCUCCAACUGCUCAGAAGGCUGCAGAUGCUCCGAUUCUCUCAGUGUCUCUUGAUUCUGUAGACCUGGAAGACGAGGUGCUAGUACAGCUACAGCAGGCGCUAGAGUACUUCAGAAGAUCACCAAGGGCUCUCGGCAGCAGCGGGCGUCUGUCGAGCAAUACGGCAGCUGCGAACAUGGAAAACGGUGCAUCUAGCAUCAGGCAUUCAACUAAAGCAGAAGCGAUCGAGCUAGAGGAGGAACGCGCUGUCGCCUCUGUGGCCUUAAUGGGCCUUCGCCAUGUAGGGAAUGCUCCAUCUCGCGAGCAGCAACAACAGCAACGACCAGGAGAGGAACACAACACAGGUGUCUUCUUCGUAGGUUUGGGGAAGAGGGAAACGGAGGGGGCGGAUUUUUCGGGCUUCGCCGCCUUCCCAGUGUCCCCCAAACAAGAGGGUUUGUGCCAUCGGUGUGACCUUUUGAUUGGGUGUAGAGUGAUAGAGACCUUACAGGCACUCUCCCGACGCGGUGAACGGAAGAGUGCUAAGGCGGAGCAUGUACGCCAAGGGCAUGCCUCUGAACUACACAUGUACACUAGCUGUACAGGCCUAGCUGAGAAUUAUCAACGUUAUCGAAUUGCAAGCCCAUGGAUUGACCUGAUCGCUGUAUCUCGCAUGAAGCAAGCAAGCAAUUAUAUUGCCAUGCGUUGGAAAUACUCUACAUCCAAUUUGGUGCACGGCACAACCCCCAAUGUGCGCAAAAGAGCCUCCGGCCAUCCCUCUGGCACUGUAUGUACACCCGUAUUUAUUGAGUAUGGGCUUGCAUAUUUUAGCCGAUAUCUCGUACCUGGGUUUGCCGUGAGUGUGGCUCUUUUAGCUGAUCUACGUAAUAAAACGCAGUCUGUAACCAAGAUUAUCGAGGCUGGUGUAGCAAGAAAGCAUAUUGAGCAUCUUAAUACUCCUCCGCUACUCGCGGUGCCCGAUUCUGGGCACCAUUGGUUCCUAGCAGCCGCGAUGCGCCAUUUUACUGACCCAUCAAAUCAUCGGUUUUUACUGUUCGUGGAUAGCGAUUUUCAAAAAUCUGGUUAUCCUACAGUUGUUCGCUGCCUCAGAAACUUCCUGCAGUACAUCUUUACAGAGAAGUAUAUGGAGCCCACCACAAAUUUGCUAGGCGAUGCGCUGUCGCGCCAAUCCACCAGCUCACUAUUGUGCAGCGCAAUCGCUCUUGCCUGUGAUGCUUCACAAUUUAUUUUAUAUCGACAGCGUUUAGGUUUUAGUGCUUUCGACACUCAUGCGUCGAUUUUAUUGCCAAAAUCGGGAACGCUAAAAGGAUUAAGCAUUACCACGUUGCAAACGACUUGCUCUGGUCCAGCACAAUGCCACGAUUCAGUUGUUUGCACAUUGCAGCUUUGGUAG